AUGUCGAACAGCCGAGACUCUACGAGGUCACCGACCCUUGAUUCCCAGGAAUUACCAGGGGCAUUCCCCGCAAUUGAUCAGCCAGAUCAAUUCAAACCAAUCAGCGCACAUUAUUCACUGUCGCAGGCUGUUCAUGCGCGCAAAUCAGAAUUCACUCGCCAGCACGAUAUCCGCAUCAAAGUCGGAAGCUGGAAUGUCGCGUCUAAACCGGGUACAGAGAAGGAUAUCGCCGGUUGGUUCGUGGGUGGCAAAGGCGUCUCCGAAUCGUUAGCGGGAAUGAAAAUUGACUCCAAUGUCCUGCCACAUUCUGAAGUAGUCGAUGGAUCUGGCGCUCAGGAAAAGAUUGAAUCUGUUGAACGGCAAGAGUGGCGCGCCACCAAAAAGGAACCUACCAUCCCUAAGAAUGAUCCCGGAUCAGUCCUGGCCGGAGACGAGAUAGGCCUUUACGCUGUAGGACUGCAAGAAAUUGUCGAUAUAUCAUCGGCGACAGAAGCGUUACGACCAUAUACAGAUUCUAGCGUUGCAAAAAAAUGGAAGGAGGCAAUGUCCGCUGCCCUGCCCGCAGGCUACACUCUGGUGGCUGAACAACAGCUGAUCGGGCUUCUGCUGCUCGUCUACGCCUCCCCCAAAAUUGCUCCUACGGUUGGCUCAGUUAGUACUACAAGUGUUGGAACCGGCUUGAUGGGAUAUAUGGGCAACAAAGGGGCCGUCACUGUUCGCAUAAUACUGGGCGAAACCACUCGCCUCGUAUUUAUCAAUUGCCAUUUGUCUGCAGGGGCGGAAAAGGGUAGCGUGGAAAGGCGGAACUGGGAUGUAUCUCAAAUCACAAGUCGAACCAAGUUUGAUCCUGUGACAGAUAGCACGGGCGUGACGCAAGACUUUGGCGAAGGGAUCGGCCAGGAGGAUUUUGCCUUUUGGUUUGGUGACCUCAAUUAUCGAAUCGAAGGUGUGCCAGCGGAGGAUGUUCGGAGACUCUUAAUGCUCCAUACGAGGAAUGAAUACGACAUUGGGAGCCAGGCAGAGCAAAAGAUUGAGAAACAGAUCGAAAAGGAACGGAAAAUUGCUGAGAAGCAUACUGAUACUCUAUGUCCGCCCGAGUUGUUGGACAGCAUGUCUGAUCCUACAUCUUUGCAAACAACCUUGGAUUCUCUCCUACCCCAUGAUGAACUUCAUCAGCAGCAGAAAGAGCGGAAGGCCUUUCAUGAUGGUUGGCAAGAGGGACCAAUCACAUUUCUUCCGACAUACAAGUACGACGUUGGAAGCGUAGGACUUUUUGACUCGAGCGAGAAGAGAAGAGGUCCCAGCUGGUGUGACCGUAUUCUUUAUCGUACACGCCGUGCGAAGCUAGAAUACGAAAAGAAGGUGGAGGAGGAGGAGGAAGCGAAGAAGAAGGACGAAGAAAUGAAGGCAAGAGGGCUUGAUAAAGUCGCUCAGAAUGAUGAGGAAGUUUUGUUUGAGUACAACCCAGACACCGAUGGUGCCCCAGAGGAGUACGAUGAGUACAAUGAAGAGGAAGAUGCUGCUGAUGAUGGAGAAACGGUCAUCACAAAAGAAGGUUUCGAAGACAAGAUACACCUCGAACAUUAUGUUACUCAUCAGCGUGUCCUGUCCUCAGACCAUAAGCCACUGGAUGCUGUCUUUGCGCUGACCUAUGAUGCCGUCGUGCCUGAGCUCAAGGCAAGAAUAACGCAAGAGGUAGCACGUGAGCUGGACAGGGCCGAGAAUGAAGGGCGGCCCUGUAUCACUGUCGUCUGUGAUCACCAUCUGGAUCAGGACAGCCCAAAGAAGAAGGAUAAUGAUAACUCACAGCCCUUUGAAGGCGUAGAUUUUGGCGACGUGCGAUAUGGUCAGACAAAGAUCCGGACCGUCACAAUUGCCAACACUGGUCGAGUACCAGCGACAUUUGGCUUUGUGGAUCGUCCUGUCGAGCCAGGAAAGCCGAGUUCGAUUUCGCCGCGAUGGCUGCGAGUGCAAUUUGAUCGGCCAAGCGAUAAAGACAACAGUAUUGAAAACGCCAUAAAGCAGUAUACCCUUGAGCCGGGAGACGUGGCAAAUGCAGUGCUUGAAUUGAAUGUCGAUCACAUUGACAUGGUUCGCGAAUUCAAUGAUGGCAAGCAGAGCAUUGAUGACGUGCUGGUACUACGAGUUAAGGACGGCCGAGAUCAUUUUCUAGCUAUUCGUGGCAACUGGCAGCAAUCGAGUUUCGCGAGGUCUCUCGACAAGUUGGUUCGGGUUCCGGAAGGUGGUAUCCGCAGACUGCAACAUCAGAAGCCCGAGGGUUCUGGCAGUAAAGCAGAUCGUGAACAAGGGGUAAAGUGGUCGGCUCCUAGGGAGUUGUUCCGGCUGACCGAAGCCAUAGAGGAGCUCACGGGCCGAACUCUAGCAGAAUGGGGCAUGACCGCGGAUGCACAGCAGCACCCUCCCUGGGAGAUGCAUCCGGGAUGGCCCUUUGCGCCCGAAAGCUGGACCCUUGCGCCCGGUACCUAUCGCGAAGGCCUAACCGUGGCUGCUCGUGAAGGUCUCGAUACGGACACGCCUUUUCAAUCAUUAUUUGAGCCAGAGGUAACGUCAAUCGAUCGGCUUGAGGCACUUUCGGAGACAUUGGUUGCCUUUCUUCAGAGUCUCAACGACGGCAUCAUUACAGAAAGCCUUUGGGGUGAGCUCGAGCGAGGCAUCUUGGCUCAGGAAAGGGCGAAGACGCCACAUAGUGGGGAGGAUGAACGGACUUGGGUAAUGGAUGUGCUGUCCGCAGCCCCAUCGCAUAGUAUUGCCUUUACUUUUCUCAUUCAUAUGCUCUCUUAUGUUGCCAACGAAGUUGCUCCAGUGCAGAAUCAACAAUCGGCAUCAGAAGCACGAGCGUCAAUGGAAAGCCAAGGGUCGCAGCGGUCACGUGCUCGGUCUCGAACUGUCAGCAGCCAGGACCCGGCAGUAAGUCGACGAAUGCAGGUCGAUGGCAAGUUUGCGGAAAUCAUGGCCGCCGCAAUGGUUCGAUUUCCUUCGACCUUUCGUGACAAAGAGCGCAAGGCCAGUCAAGACAGGGCACAGUACAUUUUACAAUUGUUCUUGUGGGAGAAAUGGGGACACGGCAACUAAGGGAGAGCGGUCUCAGGUUUACAAUGUCGACGAUGACGAUGACGAUGACGAUAUAACGAAACACAGGCGUUUGGCACCCUAGAUGGAUGCAUUUUUUGGUGUGUUGUAUAUAGAUACCCAAGACAGUUGAAAUCGAUAUAUCCUACCGUUGUUAUAUAUUGUGGAGCUGAGACUGGCGACC